AUGUCCACUGCAUCGAGACCGGCCGCAGCAUUAACAAGAUUCCCUACUCUUCUCAACCACCUGAAAAUGCAAAGCAAGACCGAAAAGGCUGUAACGGCUACGACUCGUCAAGAAGAUGCUCCUCCCUGGAUGCGCGCAGAUCAAUUCAUCAAAACCGGCUAUCGACGCCAGCUCAACAGCUUCUACCGCUGCGUAACCUCUCUACUUUACUUGCACAAUGAAUUUGUGAAUAUCUGGUCGCAUCUCGGACCCGGCAUUGUCCACACACUACUCCUAACCAAAGAAUGCCACGCCUUCUCCAAACAAUGGGAUGAAGAACGAUACGUGGAUCAGAUGAUUGUGUGGCAAUACAUUAUUUCAUGUAUCCUCUGCCUCCUCUUCUCCGCUGGCUACCAUACAUUAACAGCGCAUUCUCAACAUGUCGCCAUCCGCUGGCUCAAGAUCGAUUAUCUGGGCAUCAUCUUCAACAUAGUUGCUGGCUGCACUGCCUCGACCUACUUCGGUCUGCGUCACCAUCCCAAGUUGCAGCUGUGCUAUAUCUCAUCUUCCGUGGCCCUUGCCCUGGUCUUGUUCAGCGUCAUGCUCGCGCCUGGAUCAGAUGGCGAUGCUAAGAAGCUUUGGAGAUCCGUGCUCUUCGCUACCUUUUUCGCGAGCGGGUUCGUCCCCAUGGUGCACGCCAGCAUCAUCGACGGUGUCGAGGUUCUUGGAUAUUUCCCUCUUGCUCAUACUAUUGGCAUGGCGUCGUUCUACGGCACAGGAGUAUUAUUCUACGUCACGAGGUUUCCUGAAAAAUAUUUCCCCGAGAAAUUUGACAUUUGGUCGCAGGGCGCGAGCCACCAAAUCUUCCACGUCGUUAUCAUAAUGGGCCAGAUUACAUACAUCACUGGCCUGAGACAGAUAGUUGCAACUCUUGGUCCUGUAUCGGCGCAAAUUGCACUGGAGUCUGGAUUUGUGGUCACAGAUUAA